CAGGACUGCGGCCCGUGGCUCGGCCGGCUCCAGCGGCUCCCGCUCCCGCUUCUAGCUCGCCCUCAGUCCCAGCUGGCACCCACGAGGCCGCAUCGUCGCCUGGCUCUGCCCAUGCCUAGGGCCUCUGCUCCCUCAGCUGCCGCCGCCGCCGCCGCCACCGCCACCUCCCAGGGGGCCGCCGGGGCCGGGACUGGGGGCGCAGCGUGGCCGGCGUAGGUCUAUGUCGCGGGCGGCGGCAGCGGCAGCAGAGGGACGAUGAGCGAGGACAAAGUGGUGGUGCUGGGCUCGGGCGGGGUAGGCAAAUCCACCCUGACCGUGCAGUUCGUGACUGGCACCUUCAUCGAGAAAUACGACCCCACCGUUGAGGACUUCUACCACAAGGAGAUCGAGGUGGACUCGUCGCCGUCGGUGCUGGAGAUCCUGGACACGGCGGGCACCGAGCAGUUCGCGUCCAUGCGGGACCUGUACAUCAGGAACGGCCAGGGCUUCAUCCUCAUCUACAGCCUGGUCAACCAGCAGAGCUUCCAGGACAUCAAGCCCAUGCGGGACCAGAUCAUCCGCGUGAGGCGGUAUGAGAAAGUGCCAGUCAUCUUGGUUGGGAACAAAGUGGACCUGGAAAGUGAGAGAGAAGUAUCGUCCAAUGAAGGCAGAGCUCUUGCUGAAGAAUGGGGCUGCCCCUUUAUGGAGACUUCUGCUAAGAGUAAAACAGUGGUGGACCAACUCUUAGCAGAAAUUGUGAGGCAGAUGAACUAUGCUGCUCAGCCUGACAAAGAUGACCCAUGCUGUUCGGCAUGUAACAUGCAGUAGCAUCCAAAUAUGGCUGUCCUGGAUGGGAUUAGUCCAGUGUUGUAGGUGAUAGAAAACUCACCUACUCCUCUGCAGGACACACAGGGUGCGUGGUGUUAAUCUACAGAGAACUGCAGCCCUUAUUCAGAAUUGAGCAGUGAUUGUCAGUUGAUAUCUCUGAGUAACAUUUGGGUUCAGUUACUACAGUUUUCACUAUUUGUCCUCAGUCUCCUUUCUGCAUCUGCAACUUUAAGGCAUAGUCCAUCGAUCUACAGGGUGAUCUCAUUUGAAAGCUAUGAUGGCAUUGUCGCUGAGUUGACAGAAGCAACUAUUGUAUACAUUAAAAAUAACCAUAAGGGAGAAACCAGAAGAUUCCUAUGACCACUUACAAUUAAAAUAUUUUGUCUUCUUUAAAAAAAUAAGUAAAGGAGAAAUAUUUUCCCACAAGAGUACUGAAUUUCAGGAAAUGGGAUAGAGCUUCUAAACAAUGUAUCAAGUAAGAUAAGAACAGUUGACUUGCCAACAGCAUUACAGGGAGAGAUUCUUUGCUCAGCUAAUACAUUUCUGUUUUUCAAAAUUGAUGCUUAAUUGUAGCUGUUAUUCUAAUUUGUGACAUGGAACUAACUCAUGCUUCAAUCCUUGAUAGAGCAAAAGUCAGAACAGGUUAUAUAAAAAUACAGUCUAGCUUUAGAAUUUGUUAAAUCACCUGCUUUGCCACAGAAAAUGGAGGCUUUCACAAGGUUUUGAUCAGAAUUAAACUCCAGACCCACCCCUUUUAACUAAACAGGGGUGGUCUUUAUAACUUUACUGAAUAAGAGGGAAGCAACUGUGAUGGGAAGAGAGUGCCCAGCCUUACUAACAAGAAGCAUUCUAAUAGAUACACUAGUACCAUCAUGUAAGGAAAAUGAAGCCAUGUUGCAUCCACAUGUUCCCGUUUGCAGAAACCUCACAGGACAAUACGAAUAUCUGGCAUUUUUAAGUUCGUUAAAGCAGCAAAUUCCUUCUCGCCUCUAAGGGCUAUGGUUGUAGUGUGACCAGUAGCUAACCUGCUUUCCAAAUCAAGUUUGCUGUGGCAGAGCUUUAUUGCAGGCAUUUUAAAAAUGGAAUAACCAUGUGAAAUAAUUGGAGCUUAAAAAUAGAACAUAAAUUAUAGAGUGGAAGGUAAAGGACAAAAGCCUUUUAUCUUUAAUUUUUCCUGGAGAAUUAUAUAAAGGUUUUCUUAGAACAAUUUAGCCCGGAUUACUGAAGUAUCAAAUAAAGCUGGAGUGAAUAUUUUGUUUUGAAAAUGUGCUCAAACUCUGACAUAUUUGGUUUUUACAGCCGUGAAGUAUUUAUCAUUUGCAUGACUAAUGGCACAGGAAAAACCUAUUCAUAAGUUUUACAAUCAAGUAUAGAAAGGUCUUCAGCUAACUUCAGUUAUAAAUGCUGAAAAGAUUAUCUUGAGCUGGGCCUUGGGAGAAGAACUUGGCCUUCAGAACUGCAGUAUCACUGAGCCUGCGAUCUAUAUGCCACCCCACAUUUUGUUGGUUUCACAGUCUUGUGCAAAUAACCUCUGGUCUUAUGUGUGUAACUGAGAGGAGAGUGUGUGUGUGUGCAUGUGUGUUUAUUGUUCCUAAGAAUUUGGCACAAGUCAGAGAUAAUUGCCUAUACUAAGAAUCUAUACUGCAGAAUAUAGUGUAUCAAAAGCUUUUUUUCUUUUAAAUUAUUAAAGUGUCUUUUAUACUAUUUUGAAAUCAUUGGUAGCCCCCCAAGUGUUUAAUAACUGGCAUUAAGCUUAAAGGAUGAAGGAAAAAAGGUUGAUAGUAUUUUUCAUCAUGAGAAAGCUGAAGGCACAUGUGAAUGAAAGCUGGCCAGAGUUGUCAAAAAUCUUUGAAUUUUGAAUGUUUACAUUCUUCAGUAUAAUUUUUUAUAAUCCUCAAUUAUGAAACACCUUGUUUAUAGGACAAAAAAUUUUAACCAAUUUUAUUGAAACAAAUUUCACUGUGUAAAAGUUGGUUUGAUUCAAACGCAGAGAAAUUGGAGAUUCAAGAGAUACAGUUUCUCUACUGAAAUAAAAGUA